CUGAGCAAGAGGAGCCAGAGCAGCCAACAUGAGGACACGCACGCUUCUGUCCCUGACCCUGCUGGGCCUGCUGCUGUGGGCCUCCUGCACCCACGCCAACGACGCAGACGCCAAAACUGACCAAGACACAAAAACUGAAGCAGAAGAAGAGACAACAAAAGAAAAUACAGCUACAGAUACUUCAGGAGACACAGAUGAGGAUGAAGAGGAGGCACCAAUAAAGGAGAAAACAACAGAGAUAGAGGAGGAGAAAGAUGUGCUGGUUCUCCACAUCAACAACUUUGAAAGAGCUCUCAGUGAAUAUGAGUAUUUACUGGUCGAAUUCUAUGCUCCCUGGUGUGGUCACUGCAAACAGCUUGAGCCUGUUUUUGCCGAGGCUGCUGGGAAGAUGAGGAAAGAUCUACCAUCGGCGCGUUUGGCCAAAGUGGACGCCAUAGAGGAGAAGGAGCUGGCUGAUGAGUUUGAAAUCGGAGGCUUCCCCACUUUAAAACUGUUCACCAAAGGAGACCGCAAGCAAUCCAUCGACUUCAGUGGUAAAAGGACAGUACCAGGAAUACUCCAGUGGAUGAAGCGUCGUUCAGGUCUUCCUGCUGUGGUGCUCGACUCUUUAGACUCUGCAGCUCAGUUCAUCGAUUCUUUUAACGUCACUGUUGUUGGAUUCUUUGAGGAUCUGGAGAGUGAGGCAGUCAAGGAAUUCAAGGAAGUUGCUUAUGAACUUACUGACACAGAGUUUGGUCUGUCAGCGAGUCCUGAGGUUUUCAAGAAGUAUGAAGCAAAGGCAAACUCUGUGGUGCUCUUCAAGAAGUUCGAUGAAGGCAGAGUAGACUUUGAGUUGUCCGAAGAUGGGAAGCUGAUCAGAGGAAAUCUGACCUCCUUCAUCAAAUUAAAAAGCCUGCCGUUGAUCAUCCCAUUCAGUCAGGAGAUUGCAGACAGGAUCUUCACCUCUAGCAUUAACCUGCACAGUCUGCUGUUCAUCAACUCGUCUGUGGAGAGUCAGAUGACUCUGAUUGAAGAAUCCAGGACCGUGGCCAAAAAGUUUAGGGGCAAGAUGCUGUUCAUUUCAAUAGACACCUCAGACACUCUUUCUCACGUGCUGAAAUACUUUGGCGUGUCCGAGAACGACCUUCCCACCGCACGCGUCAUCAACAUGGUGACAGAAAAGAAGUAUGCCAUCAAUUCUGAGGAUCUGACAGUAAAGACAUUGGAAAAGUUGUGCCAGGAGGUUAUUGAUGACACUGCAAAGCCCUACUAUCGGUCUGAGGAGAUCCCAGAGGACUGGAAUAAAGGACCAGUUAGUAUCCUGGUGGGGAAAAACUUUGAUGCUGUUGCUCUGGACCCGACCAAAAACGUCUUUGUGGAGUUCUAUGCUCCUUGGUGUGGACAUUGUAAACAGCUGGCCCCAAUCUGGGAUCAGCUGGGUGAAAAAUACGCUGACAAGGACGACAUCAUCGUAGCCAAGAUGGACUCUACGGCCAACGAGGUGGACGGUGUGAAGAUUGAUAGUUUCCCAACGCUCAAAUAUUUCCCAGCUGGUGAAAACAAAAAGGCGAUCGACUACACCGGAAAAAGGGAUCUGGAGACCAUGACCAAGUUCAUUGAUAAUGGAGGAGUGUUGCCUCAGGAAGAAAAUGAUGAUGACGACGAGGAUGAUUUUGAUGAUGAUGAUGAUGAUGAUGAUGAUGAUGAUGAUGAUGAUAAUAAGGAGAAAGAAAAGAAAGAUGAAGACAGUGAUGACGACAGCAAGGAGGAUGGAGAGCCUGAUGAUGUACCAACUAAAGAACCAUCUAAAGAUGAGCUGUGAUGUCACUUUGUUUUUGGCCAAUCAGGAUCAACCUAGCAUCUUCCAAUUUUUCUUAAUAAAACUACAUGGUUUACAAACAUUAACACACGUUGCAUCCAUGGCUCAGUGAACAGGCUUCAAUGGGUUGUUCUGAUUCUUGAUUGAAUUCAGUCCUGAGUUUGUACAGCAACAAACUAAAUGUGAACGAUCAUGAGCCUUUAAUCCCUAAAGGAGAUCUUCUUUUUAACAGGUCAGUCUAAAAAAGUUGGAUUGAACUGAUGUGACUCAUUUUGAUUUUAUCCAGUGUGACAAGAAAAUGAGAUGUUUGAGCCUUUAACAUUUAAUUACAUUUUUGUUUGUGUAGUUCCAUUUUUACGUCUUUGAAAAAUAACGAGAGGGAACAAUUUGUAGAGAGGAGGAGAGUUUAUUGAACAGAGAAGAAAAGGUUGUGAAGUUCUAAGAAAGACGACGGAACAACAGUCUGUCUAGUGACUGCACACUGCAGGAAGAAGAUGUAGAGAUAAAAACAACGCUGUGUUUCUGAUUCCGAAGUAAGAAGAAAGACAGGCAUGUUGUAAUUAAUGUUGAAAACAUUGAAGGCUGUAUGAACGUCAUUUCCUAUGAGAAUGUUUUUGCCCAGUCUGUGGGCAAACCCUGGAGUGUGUGGUAUCUGAGUGAGGAGAAAGAGUUAAAAAGUUCAAUCUGUGUUUAAGCUUACGAUUUACAUGAUGUCAAAAAAACAAAUAAAGAAAACAAGCCAUUUACUCCAGAUUUCUACUGACCUGAAUAUUGUAUUAAAUGUGAAAAAAUGAAGAUAGAGCACAGAGAAAUGCUUCUCACUGAAGACCAUGUGAUCACUGUUCCCCACAUGUGAGCUCAGGAUAACUCACCAGCUGAGCAGCUGACAGCCUAUAAAUAUCUUUGUGUGUGGUUAGGUGAUUAUCUUUACGAUCAUAUUUUUAUGAGCUUUUGAAGAAUAGGAAAAAACUCAGGUUUAAGCUACACUCUCUGUUUAGACAAAUUGUUCACUGUUAUUAUGUAAUUCAUUCAUUCUAUUAUCAGAUUUGUAUCUUAUAUAUUUCUAUCUAUUAUCUGUUUAUACACACAUUAGCUACACUGAGGAAGGAGUGUAAUGGCAAUUUCUUGUUCAGGCUAUGAUUUCAGCGUGAUGAAUGAAAUAAACUCAUGGAGAGACAAGU